AUGGACAAGCCUUCUCAUCUGAGCGUGAUCGUGGACCUUUCCCCGACGCAAUGGGCUCUCUGCGCUCAGUCUACAGCCCCGCCUGGUCUGCACCUUCAAACAUUCUUAUCGCAGCUACUCGCGUUUCUGAACGCGCAUAUUGCAUGCAAGGAUGAGAACACGUUAGCGGUCUUUGGUGCGUUCCCUGGGCAGAGUGUGAUGCUGUAUUCAUCCACCGGAGAAAUCAUGACGGCAACCACCGAAGCUACAGAUCCCAACACGUAUCGCCCGUUCAAGACGCUGGACUCGACCGUGAUGUCAUCAAUAGCGGAGCGUUUUAACUCCUACGAUGUUACAGAGGAAGAAGAGCCGAUAGGCCUUGUCGGUUGCCUAACUAAGGCGCUAUGUUACAUCAAUAGGACAAUUUCCGUAGUAUCGGCCUCUGCACAAGGAACGGAGGGAGCAACCAUAUCCAUCGACCCACGUAUAUUGGUGCUUUCAGUGUCCCCAGAUCAAUCCUCUACGUAUAUUCCCAUCAUGAAUUCCAUAUUCUCAGCGCAGAAGCUAAAAGUCACAAUAGAUGUUUGCAAGGUAUUCGGAGCCGAGAACGUCUUCCUGCAACAGGCAGCUCACCUCACUGGCGGCGCAUACGUACAAAUCGAACGGACCGAUGCCUUACUCCAGUACAUGAUGAUGUCAUUCCUACCCCCUCCUGCCAUCCGCCAGCUGAUCUCGGUGCCUACCCAAGAUAGAGUAGACUUCCGCGCCGCCUGUUUUUGUCACAAGCGCAUAGUCGAGAUCGGCUUCGUCUGUUCCGUCUGCCUGUCAAUAUUCUGCCAGCCCGUUCCAGUCUGCUCGACGUGCCGGACGAAGUUUCCAAUUAAGACGCUGCAGCGACUCAAUGCGUCGCGUCCGCUCGCCACCACGCCAUCGACUCCAGGGACUCCUCGGCCACUGACACAGAAGAACGGUGCUGCCCUACCCAGACCCGGGUAG